GCUGAAAUGGCUAGCACAAGAGGGCACAGUUUUAAGGUGCUUGGAAGAAGGUACAGAGGAGAUGUCAGGGGUAAGUUUUUUACGCAGAGAGUGGUGAGUGCGUGGAAUGCACGGCCAGCGACGGUGGGGGAAGUGGAUACAAUAGGGUCUUUUAAGAGCCUCUUAGAUAGAUACAUGGAGCUUAGAGAAAUAGAGGGCUCUGCGGUAGGGAAAUUCUAGGCAGCUUCUAGAGUAGGUUACAUGGUCAGCACAACAUUGUGGGCCGAAGGGCCUGUAAUGUGUCGUAGAUUUCUAUAUUCUAUUGCCCUGGAGAACGCGUUCUCCUGAGCUUUGUUCAGGGCGAUGGAAGGGUUAAAGCUGCUGGCUCCUCUGGGUGUGAGCUUGUCUCUGUGUGUGAUUGGGAAGUUCCACGCCUCGAGUUUCCUGUUUCCUCCCUGCUCACUGACUCGAGAACAGCUUCGACCCCACAGUCGGUGACCGGAGCGUCCGUCCGCCAGCAUGCUGACCGGCGCCUGCCUCGUGCUGACUCUGGCCUCUCUCUCAGCCGCCGACAGCAAUGUGACCCUCCUACAGCAGAAUGGAACGGCGGAUUCUGACUCCAGUCUCAAUCAGUCACUCUAUACAGCAGGAAGUAUCGAGUUGCAGCUGCUCAUCCUUACCAGAAACCUGUGCAGGAACAUUUUCGACGAAGAGAUGAAGAGUAUUGGACCCCAGCAGUGGUGCAACUGGACAAUAGUUGCCAGACCCUACAGUGACCUGACCUACUGCACCGAGUACUUGAUGGAACAUCUCGGUUAUUACUGGCCAAAUGAAGUUGGCGAGGUGUUGUUUGUCCAGGUCCAUUAUGAUUUCUUCCGCUCCUGCCUGAAGAAUAUGGAGCCACUUCUGUCUGACCCUCCAGACAUUGCAGUGCUGGGUCUGAUUUUGUCCCCCAUCGGGAUCAUUCCCAUCAUGGUCACCCUGGUCGUCUGGUGCAGCAAGAAUAGUGAGACCAAUGCCAAGAAGUAGACGUCCCCCUUCACCUUCACAUCAUUCGCAAGACACUGAACAUUACAACACAGCACAGUCCCUUCACCCCACGUUAGCUGAUAUUUUCACCUACUCUGAGAUCAAUCUAACCCUUCCCUCCCGAGUUAACCUUCCAUAUUCCUCUCAUCCACCUGCCUGAGAGUCUCCUAAAUAUCUCUGAUGUAUCUGCCUCGACCACCAACCCUGGCAGGGCUGUUCAACGCACCCAUCACUCUCUGUGUUAAAAAUACUUCCCUCGGACCUACCACACCUCCAACCCACCCGUUCCGGCAAUCACUAUAAAGUUCCGCCCCCCCCUCCUAUUAGCCAUUUCCACCUGGGGAAAAGUCUCUGGCCGUCCACUCAAUCUGCACCUCUUAUCAUCUUGUACACCUCUAUCAAAUCACCUCUCAUCCUCCCUCGCUCCCGAGAGAAAAAGCCCGAACUCGAUCAACCUCUCCCCAUGAGACACACACUCUAAUCCAGGCAGGAUCCUGGUGAAUCUCCUCUGCAGCCUCUCUAAUCCAGGCAGCAUCCUGGUGAAUCUCCUCUGCACCCUCUCUAAUCCAGGCAGCAACCUGGUGAAUCUCCUCUGCACCCUCUCUAAUCCAGGUCACAUCCUGGUGAAUCUCCUCUGCACCCUCUCUAAUCCAGGCAGCAUCCUGGUGAAUCUCCUCUGCACCCUCUCUAAUCCAGGUCACAUCCUGGUGAAUCUCCUCUGCACCCUCUCUAAUCCAGGCAGCAUCCUGGUGAAUCUCCUCUGCACCCUCUCUAAUCCAGGCAGCAUCCUGGUGAAUCUCCUCUGCACCCUCCCUAAUCCAGGCAGCAUCCUGGUGAAUCUCCUCUGCACCCUCUCUAAUCCAGGUCACAUCCUGGUGAAUCUCCUCUGCACCCUCUCUAAUCCAGGCAGCAUCCUGGUAAAUCUCCUCUGCACCCUCUCUAAUCCAGGCAGCAUCCUGGUGAAUCUCCUCUGCACCCUCUCUAAUCCAGGCAGCAUCCUGGUGAAUCUCCCUCUGCACCCUCUCUAAUCCAGGCAGCAUCCUGGUGAAUCUCCUCCUGGAUUGAAUUGAUGUAUCAUUCACCUUUGGUUUCCGUGGUUACCAAUAAUCAGAGAUUCCCCUUUUUUAGGUUUUUCAGACAUACUAGACAGGGUUAUCCAUUAAGUCUUUUGUUAUUGGAUAUAGCUUUGGAACCCCUGGCAAUUGCCUUUUGGGAUUCACCCAAUAUAUUUGGAAUUAUUUGUGGGAAGGAGACGCAUAAGGUAUCAUUGUAUGCAGGUGACUUGUUACUAUAUAUCUCUAACUCAGAGAAAUUCAUCCCAGUAGCUUUAUCACUAUUAGCUCAGUUUAGUAGUUUUUCUGGUUAUAAACUAAAUCUUUAUAAGAGUGAGCUUCCUCCAUUAAAUAUGCAAAUUCCAAUUUAUAGACAAUUACCAUUUGAAUUAAUUACUGAUUAUUUCACUUAUUUGGAUGUCAAAAUUACUAAAAAAUAUAUAAUAAUCUAUCUAAAGUUAACUUUCUACCCUUAAUUGACCAUGUUAAACAAUUGUUUACUAAAUGGUCCCCACUGUCCUUAUGUAACUUUAUACUUUAUUGUCGCCAAACAAUUGAUACUAGAGUGUACAAUCAUCACAGCGAUAUUUGAUUCUGCGCUUCAUGCUCCCUGGAGUGCAAAUCGAUAGUAAAUAUUAAAAAUUUAAAUUAUAAAUCAUAAAUAGAAAAUAGAAAAUGGAAAGUAAGGUUGUGCAAAAAAACAAGAGGCAGGUCCGGAUAUUCGGAGGGUAUGGCCCACAUCCAGGUCAGGAUCCGUUCAGCAAUCUUAUCACAGUUGGAAAGAAGCUGUUCCCAAAUCCGGCCAUACGAGUCUUCAAGCUCCUGAGCCUUCUCCCGGAGGGAAGAGGAAUGAAAAGUGUGUUGGCUGGGUGGGUCGUGUCCUUGAUUAUCCUGGCAGCACUGCUCCGACAGCGUGCGGUGUGAAGUGAGUCCACGGACGGAAGAUUGGUUUGUGUGAUGUGCUGGGCUGUGUUCACGAUCUUCUGCAGCUUCUUCCGGUCUUGGAAAGGACAACUUCCAUACCAGGUUGUGAUGCACCCUAGAAAAAUGCUUUCUACGGUGCAUCUAUAAAAGUUAGUGAGGGUUUUAGGGGACAGGCCAAAUUUCUUUAGCUUUCUCAGGAAGUAAAGGUGCUGGUGGGCCUUCUUGGCAGUGAACUCUGCUUGUUUGGACCAAGUCAGGUCAUUUGUGAUAUUGACCCCGAGGAACUUAAAGCUUUUGUCCUGUUCCACUUGCGCACCACUGAUGUAAAUUGGGUCGUGCGGUCCGCUACUCCUUCUGAAGUCAACAACCAAUUUCUUCGCCUUGCUGACGUUGAGGGAUAGGUUAUUGUCUUCGCACCAUGCCACCAGGUUCUUAAUUUCCUCUCUGUACUCAAACUCAUCAUUGAUUGGUCGAAUUAAUGCUAUUAAAACGACUGUUUUACCUAAAUUUCUGUAUUUAUUUCAAAUGGCCACCAAUUUUUACCCCUAAAUCUUUUUUUGAUAUUAUUGAUUCUAAAAUUUCUUCAUAUACAUGGCAGAAUAAAAAUCCUAGAUUGAGUAAGAAAUAUCUACAGAAAUCAAAUAAGGACGGUGGUUUAGCAUUGCCAAAUUUUAGAUUUUAUUAUUGGGCAAUUAAUAUCUGAUAUUUAAUAUUCCGGACGCAAGAUUGGGAUGGGAUGCAACAUUGUCCACGAUGGGUGAACCGGGAGGGCGAGUCUGUGCAGGGGUUCUCAUUAGUUUCUACUUGAGGAGCUUUGUUCCCCUUUGCAUUAACCAAACUGAAUAAACAAAUAAUUAAUCCGAUAAUUAAACAUACCAUACGAAUACGGUUUCAAUUUCGCAAAUUUUUUGGAUUGAACGGAUUUAUUUUAUCUAGUCCUAUUAUAUCUAAUUUUUUUCUUUCAACCUCCUAGAAUUGAUCGAGCUUUUUCCUUAUGGAAAACGAGGGGAAUAGCAUGCUUUUGCGAUAUAUCCAUGGAUGAUUGUUUCAUGUCAUUUGAACAAAUAUCUAAUAAAUAUAAGUUGCCCAGUUCACAUUUUUUUUAGAUAUCUGCAGAUUAGAAGUUUUUUGAAUGGUAUUUUACCUAACUUUCCAAUAUUUCACCCAAUUAAUAUUACAGAAAAAAAUUUUAGUUUUAAAUCCCUAUCAGAAGCGCUUAAUAGCAGUCUUGUAUGAUUUAAUUACGAAAAUAUAUCUAGGUACAUCUGAUAAAUUAAAAAAUGAAUGGGAAAGAGAACUUCAUGUAUCUUUACCUAUAGAGAAAUGGGAGAAAAUUAUUCAACUAGUUAAUACUUCCUCAAUGUGUCCUAGACAUACACUGAUACAAUUUAAAAUAGUCCAUAGGGCUCAUAUGUCUAAGAAUCUCCUCUGCACCUUUUCUAAUCCAGGUAGCAUCCUGGUGAAUCUCCUCUGCACCCUCUCUAAUCCAGGCAGCAUCCUGGUGAAUCUCCUCUGCACCCUCUCUAAUCCAAGCAGCAUCCUGGUGAAUCUCCUCUGCACCCUCUCUAAUCCAAGCAGCAUCCUGGUGAAUCUCC